AUGACUUCUAUCGAGGGAGCUUUCACUAUAAAAGUUGACGGCCAGACAGUCUCUAACGCUGAGGAUAACGGAGAAGGCAAAAUUCAAGCAUCAUUUGGCUCAGAGCCAGCCACUUUCACUUUGAUUGAUGGGCGCCUUGAGUCCAACGGCUGCUAUUUAAGCCGCGCCCUUGUCGAGGACCGCAGUCUUCUCCCUAAGCGGGUUUACUGGUUCCGAAAAGAGGAAGGCAAUGCCAGUGCAAUUCAUGUGGUCACUGCGAAGCCAAAUGGAACUACUUGUUCGCUCUUGUUCUCUGGUGCACCACUGAUGAGCUCAAACAACCUGCUUUUUGCCGAUUUGAUGCAAGACCAGGGCGCAUCUGUCGAGAUCACUAUGGUCUAG